CUUCUCCUUCCGGGUCACGUCUCCUCACGCUGUGGCAGCAUGGCGGCGAAAAACAAGCACCGCAAGAAGUCCAAAAAGACGAAUGAAGUGACAUUUCAGGCUGAAGACAACGAACCGGAGGCAGAAAACGGCGGCGGCGGAGAGGAAGAUGAAGAUUUAGGAGGAGGUGAAGGGCAAGGCAAAGCGAAUGGAGAUGACGAGGAGUUCAGUCUGGAGGAGGUUUUACGGCUCGGAGGGACGCGGGCUGAUUUCGUCUUCCUCGCCGGGCUGAACGACACUCAGGAGCUCGUCGAUGGAGGGAAGAAAGGAGCGAUAGACGACCUGGAGGAGGGCGAGCUGCAGCAAUUCAUCACCAAGCUGGGCAUCCAGGCGUACAGCGGACAGCAGAUUGUCACAGAUGAGCCAGAGAGCAGUGCUGCUGCUGCUGCUGCUGCUGGUGGUGAGAAGGAAAGUAAAAAAGCCAAAGCUAAGAAAGUCUCAGCAGAGGAACAGUCAACCAGCGCUCAGCCAAAAGUCAGCGAACAGAAGAAGACAGAACAGAAGACGACAAAAGACGUUCAGGUAUCAGCUAAGAAAAAGAUAAAGCUGAAUACGAACGUGUUUGAGUUUCAGCAGAGGCAGGUCCUGCUGAUCAAGCCGGGGGGGAAAUGGUUCGAGCUGGAAUACUCAGCUGAGGGUUCGUCAGAGCUGCAGGAUUCGUCUCUGGUCUCACAGUACAAGACGCUCGCCGAGCAGCUGUUUGAGGCUGAAGUCAACAUCUACAAGAGCAAGAAGAGCCUCCAGAAAGGAGCCAACUCCACCUGGAUGAAGACGGUCGUCUCCUCUGGUGUGCUGGCAGACAGGAUGGCAGCCAUGACGGUUCUGAUCCAGGACGCUCCGGUGCACAUGCUGGAGCACGUGGAGAACCUGGUGUCCAUGGUGAAGAAGAAGGGCAGCCGGCGGAUGGGUCUGAUGGCAAUGGACACGCUGCGAGAGCUGCUGCUGUCCAGUCUGCUGCCAGAGAACAGGAAGCUCCGCACCUUCGCCCAGCAUCCGUUUGACGAGCUGGAGGAGAAGGCCAGCGGCAACCGCGACGCCCGUGACCGCCGCCUCAUCCUCUGGUACUUUGAGCACCAGCUGAAGCACCACGUGGCCGAGUUUGUGGUGGCUCUGGACUCGAUGGCUCACGACACGGUGGCGGCCACCAAGGCGAAGGCGCUGGCCACCGCCCAUGAGCUGCUGUGCAGCCGUCCAGAGCAGGAGAAGGCGCUGCUCAUCCAGGUGGUCAACAAACUAGGAGACCCCGAGUACAAGACGGCGGCCAAAGCGUCGUACCUGCUGGAGACGCUGCUGCACAAACACCCCAACAUGAAGGUGGUGGUGUGCUGCGAGGUGGAGCGGCUCAUGUUCAGGCCCAACAUCAGUCCCAAGGCGCAGUACUACGCCAUCUGCUUCCUCAGCCAGGUGAUGCUGAGCCACGACGAGACCGAGCUCGCCACCAAGCUCAUCACAGUCUACUUCUCGUUCUUCCGGGCUUGCGUCAAGAAGAAGGACAUCGAGUCAAAGAUGCUGAGCGCGCUGCUGUCGGGGGUGAACAGAGCGUAUCCCUACGCCAGCGCCGUGGACGACAAGGUGAAGGAGCAGCUGGACACGCUGUUCAAAGUGGUUCACCUGGUGAAGUUCAACACGGCCGUGCAGGCGCUCAUGCUGCUGUUCCAGGUGAUGGACUCCCAGCAGAGCGUGUCAGACCGAUACUACGUGACUCUGUACAGGAAGCUGCUGGACCCCGGACUGUCGUCAUCCUCCAGACAGAACAUGUUCCUCAACCUGCUCUACAAAUCUCUGAAGGCCGACGUCGCGCUGCGGCGGGUCAAAGCCUUCGUGAAGCGGCUCCUGCAGGUCAGCGCCGAGCAGAACGCCAGCUUCGCCUGCGGAGCGUUGUUCCUGGUGUCAGAGGUCAUGAAGUCCAAGCCGGGCCUCAAGAUCCUGCUGCAGGAGGAAAAGGAGGGAGAGGAGGAGGAGUUCAAAGACCUCGCUGAAGUCAAUGAAGAUGGAGACGAUGAAGAAGAACGCUUUGUGGACGCCGACAAACUGGAGGAAGGAGCAAGUACCGAGACACAGGAGGCCAAACCCACGGCAUCAUGGGUCCAUCACCAGAACCUGGAAGGCGGGAGAACCCUGCAGAGCUACGACCCGCUGCACAGAAACCCGCUGUUCUGUGGCGCCGAUCACUCGACUUUAUGGGAGCUGCAGAGGGUGAGACACAACAAACAAACACAUUAACACAAAGACGGUGACGCAUCAACGACGCUGCCAGUUUAUCAGC